AUGGCUCGCCUGAGUGCUCCCGCCAACGUAACACCAAGAGCCGAGCGCAAAUCCAGCCGCUUCCGAGAGAUCUUCAAGCAUCGACCCAGCUCGAGUGCAUCUUUGAGCCCUGUUACCAUAAACAAGUCGCCCCCGCCUGCCGAAUCAAGCCCGAUGCCAUCGCUGACUAUGCCCCCAGGCUUUCAACAGGUCGGUUUGCUGCCCAAUGAGCGUUCCUCGGACAGCCUAUCGCGAAUUCUGAAAGAUGAAGAGGGUUGCGAUAUGGAAUUUCAACCAAUAGUAGCUGAGGCACCAAAACGGUCAGUGAACAACGAAUCUGCGAUGCGAAAUGCUUCAGACGACCUGAACAUUAUCGAUGCGACGCCGUCAUAUGUUGAACCUACACUGCCGGAGUUGAAGGCGGAGAAUAGAGUCAAGAAGAAAGGUUCGUUUGCCCAAUCGAUGAGGCGCGUUCUUUCUCAGCGUCCGGCCCUGAACGCAAACGAAGAUAUCACCGCGACCCAACUGGCCAUGAGUGAGGGUAUUGUUCCAACAGACGUGGGUGGUGCAGACAAGCGGAGCAGCGUGCCACUAGAAUCCUCCAACAAGAUCGCAGAGCCUAUGUAUAACAAGGACAAAAGCUCAUACACAGAAGGUGGUAUGGACGGUUUCAACAGCUUUGUGGAACAAUCUCGCAACCGCGAUCCUGCCAAGAACAGCGACCCAGCCGAAGACGACAGUCACAAGAGGAAGGGUAUGAACUUUGAAAAGAUAAUUUUAGACGACUUCGUGGCCGACCUUUCCAUGUCUCGGCAGAUUCUACCUUCAGUCGAGACGGCCAACGGGCACGAGGUGGACACCGCAAGAGAUGGACGUAGCAGCCACUGCAAGUCCUUCGCAUCCAACGUCUUCGACGUCGAUAGCUCUUUGAGCCAAGGCAUUUGCGGGUACGUCACCAGCAAGAUCGCGGAAGCGUUGGCAGAACAAGAGCGCGCGCAUCGUAGCGACGUCAAUGCCAUGGCCUAUCCGUCAGUACACAUCAAGAUCAAGGUUGACGGGAUCAGCCUAUUGAGAGCGGAGAAGCACACCAGGCUCAGCAUUAGCGACAAGAAGACCGAUAUGUUCACCCAGUCCAACACGAUUGGCCCAAUCACGAUCACGAACGCACCACUAGCACGACAUGUCCAGCUAUUUAUCCUGGUAUUGUACGCAGUCGCUUUGCUCUGCGCGUCGCUUCUGGGGCCAAGAACUUUAUUACUCAUCAUCUGGAGGAUGGCAGUCGCACUCUGUAUGUACACCGUCGUGUUGCGACAGCUGAGGUGGACUGAAAACGUCGAGCGCGAUGUGUUCCUGGCGCCCAUAUCCUUUUCAGCCAACGUGGUGAAGGAGAUAGUCAUGAAGGUACUAGAUUGA